AUGGGCACAAGAGAACUGGAAGAAAGAGUUGAUGAUCAUGUCUCCAUAAGUAUUGUAGAAAAGUUUGCUAAUUUAUCUAAUCCAUCCUCUGAGUGUUGUAUCUUCAGAAUGUAUGAUCACUUACGAAAUGAAAAUGAGAAAGCUUAUGAACCAUCAAUAGUUGCUAUUGGUCCUUACCAUCAGGGUAAAGCUCACCUACAAGAAAUGGAACUUCACAAAUUACAGUACCUACGAAGGUUUCUGAGUCGAAGAAAUGAGACGAGUGUGAAUAGAUAUGUCAUGGCCAUAAGAGAAUUGGAAGAUAGAGCACGCAAAUGUUAUGUGGAAGAAACCAGUAUCCUUGGCCUUGGCGUUGACUCAGAUCAGUUUGUGGAAAUGAUGCUUCUUGACGGUUUCUUUAUCAUUGAGUUAUUUCGCACGUUUACGAUGUUCUGCAUACUACGUGAAAAUCAACAAAUUUCCCAAUCAGUCCAGCCCGUAGAAGAACUGAGAGAUGAAAUUACCAUAUUUCCAAGCCUUCCAGAUUGUGCAACUACUGACCAUACAGAGUCUUUCUUGACAAAUCUAGUUGCAUUUGAGCUGUGUCCUUCAUAUGAUAAGCCAAAGUACGUUUGUGACUAUAUUGUCUUCAUGGAUCACCUCAUCAAUGCCUCCAAGGAUGUUCGUUUACUUAAUCGUAGUGGAAUUAUUGAAAGUUGGGUGGGUGAUGAUGCAGAGGUUUACUCCAUGUGGCACAAGUUGUUAAAAAUCACCCUAACAGAUCUUAAAAACUUUGGUUACCCUGAAGUUUUCAUUAAUGUAAACAACCAUUGUAAGGGAUGCCGAAACGUGUGGAUGGCAAACUUAAAGCGGAAUUACUUCAACAGUCCAUGGGCAUUGAUUUCAUUUUCGGCUGCUACCAUACUACUGCUGCUUACUGUGGCACAAACUAUCUUUUCCAUUCUUUCUUUUGGCAAAGGCAGCUUUUGA